AUGACUGGCGGCCAGGGACUCAGUGUUGUGGAAAUACAAGAGAUCCAAAAGUCACUUGCUGUAGCCCUAGGCCAUGAUGAGGAUGAGACUGGCACAUCUGAGCUCGAGACAGAUGAUGAUGAGAAUGACACAUUAUCAGAUCUCCCAUCAUGCCUAAUCACUUUGAAAAGCAUCAGGGAUGAGAUGCUGGCGCUAAUUAAAGAACCCUGUGCAUUUAUGGAGAGUCUCCUCCUUCAGCAUGUCAAAAGCUUACCCGAUGAUGUGUAUGGCAAGGGUGACACCUUAAUCAUCCAAAAUGCAAAAACUGAGGUUGAAUGCUUACUCUGUCGUGCGACUUACACCCAGGAUCAAACAUCAUUUUUCGGUGGAAUCUUAGCCAACUCUCAUGUUACUGAAUCAGUCUCCCGUUUCUUAAGCACUACACUUGCUUACAUAGACAAUGUCCAGUAUUUUUUGAAAAUGGAGGGACUUAGUGGCACUGCAACACAAACACAACAACAUGGAGCACGCUGUCUUCUUAGAUAG